UCUUCUCUCGUCGCUUUCGCCCUCUUCACCGCACUACUCUCGCCGCACUCUCGAUCGUAUGAUGGCUGACUCAAUGACUCUCCACUCUCCUGAUACUGAUGGUCUGAUGCUUGUUGAACUAUUGUAACGCCGUGGCGUCCGGCGCAAGGCGAACUGAUUUUCCGUGCACCACGAUGCACGGGCCUCCUCGCCUCCCUCUUGCCGCCCGCUGAUCUGCUCCGAUGGUAACCUCUAUAAGCUCAACCUAACCUCGUCCACACCAUCAACCUUGUCAUCUUCAUCAUGCGCGGGUUGCUGGGAGCGCUGGCGCUCCUCCUGCUGGUCCAGGUCGUGCUGGCCAUGACAGCAACGCUCCGCCAACGCCAAGAUACCCUGCACAUCUUUCCAACCACACCCGUCGCCCCUCCCACCUCCACCGCCGCCCGGACCUCGUGGUACACACCAACACCGACGCCCAUGCCGACAGCCCUCUCCGCGGCAUCGACCGUGCCCAUCUCCCCAUCCAUGGGGCUAGUGCUUCCUCGCGCCUUUCCAUACGACCACAUCUAUGUUGGCGCGUACAAACUCGGCUGGCUCGAGGUUGCGCCGGCAAAUCCUCCGAUCGUGGGUGGGUGGAUGCGAAUGGUGUCGCCCGCCGUGGUCCUCCCUGAUUACUCUGUGCAUAUGCUCAAUGUCACUGGGAGCGAGGACCCUCGCGAUCCGCACUUUUACCCCGUAGCAGACCCCAUGUGCGGAUCCUACGCGGUGACAGCCAGAGUAAACACGUACGACUACACCUUUACCCGGACCGGCUGGCACAUGCUCGUUGUCAACCAGACAUGGAUGCGGCCAACUAUUACUAAUAAUGGGACUUGCCAGCUUCCGCUAGUCGACACUCAGUCCUUCUUCGCAACUGCCCUCAUCAGCAUCGCGCCCCUCCCCACCGUCCCUCCCGUCCCUCGUCCCACGGGGGCGCACACGACAUGGCUCAAAUUGUCCACUGAACUCCCAUGGUCCUUGCCGCCACCUCCAAAGUGGGGCCGGCGCGAGCAGAUUGCGGCAGGUCUAGUGAUAGGACUGAGUGUGACAGCUGCGCUGGUAGGUGUACUUUUGAUGCUGCGGGUCAAGCGGCGACGAUUCCUCAACGCAGAGCGCCACGCCUUCAACCAUAUGAGACCCGAGCUACAGGAAGAGUUCCUCCGAGACAACCCACAAUCUGCACUUAAUCCAAACCGUCAACCCAGCGGGCUGGCACUGUGGGUUAGGAAGCUACGAGCGGACAUUGCAGACCAACGCGCUCGCCGAGCGGCAACGGCCGUCCACAAGCCCCUACCGCCAUUGCCGCCUCGGGAUAGUGGCACGCCUGAGCUUCACAGGGCACCCUGCGUCCCCGAGACAAUACCUCUACUACACAUUCAACCUGCUGUGCGGCAGUCACACGUGGGAUUGCAUUAUCAUGCUCAGACAAUACACGCACCACCUUACCUUGGUGGAUCCCCACCUAUAGUCCUCACGCCAAUGGCGCCACCUUUGAUAAUUCACCCUCCAAUAGUGCCACCAUACCCGAUCUACGCAGUACAACCGCCCUACGUACCCGUUGCGCCCGCUCACCCUGCUGUUUGGGCGUCGCAAGGUGGUUCACCGAGGCGUUUCUCCCGCUGAGCAAUGUAGCAGACCACAUAGACCACGUAAUACCGACCUUGACGACCUCCUAUGCAUAGCCAUCUCCUU